UAGAGUCAGGUGCGUCAGUAAUAUUGUUAAACGUCGGUAGAACAACAACAACAUUUACCGGUUCUUUCUCUCCUCUCAAGUGUUAGCUUAACAUACUGCUAAUAUAAAAUGUUUCGUAAGGAUGCAGAUGUAAAGAAAUAUUUAUUAGACGUUCGGCUAGCAACAAAGGCAAUUCACGCAGGUCAGGAUCCUACAGAGUGGAGGUCACGAGCUUUAGUCCCACCCAUUGUGACAGCAGCUACGUACGCUUAUAAAGAAAAUGAUGAGCCAAUGGAUUACGUGUAUGCUCGAUAUGGGAAUCCAACAAGAAAUUGCUUGGAAAGAACUUUAGCGGCUUUAGAAGAAGGACAAUAUGCUCUUUGUUUUACAUCGGGAAUGACAGCCAUUACAGCCAUGGUCUAUUUGCUAUCUAAUGGGGACCACAUUCUUAUCUCAGAUGACGUGUAUGGAGGAACCCACUACGUCAUGAAAAACUGUAUUUCACGUUUUGGAGUGACAGCGACGUUUGUUGAUUGUACUGAUGUAGAAAACGUACGAAAAGCUUUAAAAUCCAACACAAAGCUUAUAUGGUUAGAAACUCCGACUAAUCCUUUACUGAAAGUCUUAGACAUCAAAGCAAUAGUGGAAGUAGUCAAAGCUGACCAUCCGGAUAUUCUGGUAGCAGUGGACAACACAUUUUCCACCCCGGUUUUUCAGCAACCGUUGAACCUUGGGGCAGAUGUUGUUAUGCAUUCGUUGACGAAGUAUAUGAAUGGUCAUUGUGACGUCUGUUUGGGAUCUAUUGUGACCAGAAAUAAGGAUAUAUAUCAAAAGUUAUCCCUUGCCCAAAGUGGUCUAGAAAGUCAUCCUCAACAUAAAGUAGCCAAGAAGCAAUGUACAGGAUUUAGUGGAAUGAUCAGUUUUUAUAUUCGAGGAGGAGAGGAAGGAGCCAAGCACUUCAUUAACAACCUCAGAAUAUUUACUUUAACCGGGAGCUUGGGCUGCGCAGAAAGUCUCGUAGAAAUACCGGCUAAGGUUAGUCACAAUGCUGUAGAAGAGGAAUACCGACUGAAAAUUGGAAUAACAGAUAAUUUGAUACGUAUGUCUGUCGGACUGGAAGAUACAGAGGAUUUACUGAAUGAUGUGAAACAAGCACUUGAUAACACCGAAACAAUGAUGCUUCACUCUGAACGAUCGUCAACCUGAGUAUGACGGAUGGUCACGGAAGUGGUAAUCAGUUGAUAGAGAAACUGGCUUUGUAAUUUGAAAACGCAAAAGUUUUAAGUACGUAUAAACAACCAUACUAACACUUUAGACAAAAUGAAGUUCAUAAGGUUCUGUAAACCACUAUUUAUGUAAACUCAACGGAAAACGACUAUGUUUUGUUUUUUGUUAAAAGGUAAUAAUUAAUUACUGUUAUAGCACACUAUUUUAAUUUCGUAUAUGAAAAAGUGCUUCAAAAUAUUCGGUCUGAGCCAUCAGUAUAAUCAGGAAAAAUGUGUGAAGAAUUCUAAUAAAUAACAUUAUGGAUUUGUUUAAUUAAGUGCUAUAAAAUAAUAAUAAAUUCUUCUUUACA